AAUGCGUUAAUCAAAUCAACCGAAGAAAAAGAAGGAAAUGCGAAACUGCAAGAGCCGAGAGUAGGGAGAAGCAAAAUGGCGCGUGAUUGCAGGGAGAACGAUUCCGAUCCAACUCUUAUUGCUCUAUCACAUCAGCAUCAGCAUCAGCAUCGGCUUAGUGAUGAUGGAACCAAAACUAUAAAUUAAAACCUAAAAAGUGAUUGGAUUAUUAUUUUGUUGUGUAAUAACUAUGGGGACUGAAAACCCUGGUCGUCCAACCUUCGCUUCAAGACCACCUUAUGCUGCUGGACAGACUAACACACCUUUUCCACCAGCUGGUGCCAUGGUUGGAUCAGAGCCUCCUUCUUUUCGACCAACACCUCCUGCUCCUCCAUUGGCAUCCACACCAUUUCCUUCACCUGGACCUGUGGGUGGACCCGGGGUGCCCAGUUUUAGACUCAUGCCACCAGGGCAGUUCAAUGACCACUCAGUGCCUUCUCCUGCUUCCAAUGUUGCUCCUGCUGGUGGACCUUUCCAGCGUUUUCCGAUGCCACACUUUUCCUCAACUGCUCAAGCACCUCCUCUGCGUGCUCCACCCAUGGGGCAACCAUCAAUUCAGCCUUCUGUGGGUCAAACCCCAUCUUUUCCAGCUUCUCUCCAGCCUCAGCCACAGCCACCUUUUGUUCCAAUGGGGUCUCCUCCAUUAAGUGCUGCUCCUUCAAUUUCAGGUUCCAAUGUUCCCCCUCCUGUGUUUCAGCCAUCUUUUCCUGGACAUGCCCAGAGACAGACUGGUGCAGAAACGCAAACUGCCCCUUUUCAUUUCUCUGCCCCUCCCAAUCAAGGAAAUUUUGGACCUGUUCCACCUGCAGCAUCUUCACCUUUUCUACCUCACCAAGGAGGUUACAUUCCACAUCCCCCAAUGGUUGCUCCGUUAGGUGUCCAGUCUAUUCAACACCCCAAAUCUGGACCCCCUGUAGGUGCUGUUCAGGGCUUGAUAGAAGACUUCAAUUCACUCUCAAUCCAAACUCGUCCUGGACUCAUGGAAUCGUCAGUUGAUGCUAAAGAAUUGCCAAGGCCAUUGGACGGUGAUGUGGAGCCGAAGUCUUUAGCUGAGAUGUAUCCCAUGAACUGCAAUCAAAGAUAUCUACGACUCACAACCAGUGCAUUACCUAGCUCCCAGUCUCUAUGUUCAAGAUGGCAUCUUCCUCUUGGAGUAGUUGUAUGUCCUCUUGCAGAACCUUCUGAUGGGGAAGAGGUACCUGUAGUUAAUUUUGCUGCAACUGGUGUCAUACGUUGUAGGAGAUGCCGCACAUAUGUGAAUCCGUAUGUGACAUUCACGGAAGCUGGAAGAAAGUUCCGCUGCAACACCUGCUCCUUGCUUAAUGAUGUGCCUAGUGAAUAUUAUGCUCAAUUAGAUGCCACUGGCAGAAGAGUUGAUUUGAAUCAACGACCUGAGCUUACAAAGGGUACUGUAGAAUUUGUUGCCCCAGCUGAAUAUAUGGUGCGGCCUCCUAUGCCUCCAGUAUAUUUCUUCCUCAUUGAUGUUUCCAUAUCUGCAGUUAGAAGUGGAAUGAUCCAGGUUGUUUCACAAACAAUCAAGUCAUGCUUAGAUGAGCUGCCUGGCUUUCCACGAACACAAAUAGGGUUUGCAACUUUUGACAGCACAGUACAUUUUUAUAACAUGAAGUCAUCCUUGACUCAACCACAAAUGUUGGUGGUCUCAGAUCUGGAUGACAUAUUUGUUCCCCUGCCAGAUGAUCUCCUUGUCAACUUAUCUGAGUCAAGAAGUGUGGUGGAAACCUUUCUUGAUAGUCUGCCAUCCCUGUUCCAGGAUAACAUGAAUCUGGAAUCUGCUUUUGGUCCUGCUCUUAAGGCUGCCUUUAUGGUUAUGAGUCAACUUGGAGGGAAAUUAUUAAUUUUUCAAAACACACUCCCAUCUCUUGGUGUUGGUCACUUAAAAUUACGUGGAGAUGAUUCUCGCAUUUAUGGUACAGAUAAAGAACAUGCGUUAAGAUUGCCAGAAGAUCCUUUUUACAAGCAAAUGGCUGCUGAAUUUUCUAAAUACCAGAUCUCAGUGAAUGUGUAUGCAUUCAGUGAUAAGUACACUGACAUAGCAUCUUUAGGAACUCUUGCAAAGUAUAGUGCUGGUCAACUGUAUUACUAUCCAGCUUUCCAAUCAGUCACUCAUGGGGAGAAGCUGAGAUGUGAGCUAAGAAGAGACCUUACCAGAGAAACUGCCUGGGAAGCUGUAAUGCGAAUUAGAUGCGCAAAAGGUGUCCGUUUCACAACUUAUCAUGGAAACUUUAUGCUAAGGUCCACAGAUUUAUUGGCACUUCCAGCUGUUGAUUGUGAUAAAGCCUUUGCCAUGCAGUUAUCUCUUGAUGAAACAUUAUUGACAACUCAGACAAUGUAUUUCCAAGUGGCAUUGUUGUAUACUGCAUCCUGUGGAGAAAGGCGGAUCAGAGUUCACACAGCAGCAGCUCCAGUAGUUACAGACUUGGUAGAGAUGUACCGCCAUGCUGAUACUGGUGCAAUGUUAUCUCUGUUGAGUAGGUUAGCAAUUGAGAAAACGUUGUCCCAUAAGCUGGAAGAAGCACGGAGUGCUCUGCAACUAAGAAUUGUGAAAGGCCUCCGAGAGUAUCGAAAUGUCUAUCCUGUGCAGCAUCGCUUGGCAAAUAGAAUGAUAUUUCCUGAGUCAUUGAAGUUCCUACCCUUGUAUGGAUUAGCUCUUUGUAGAUCAACACCUCUACGUGGAGGGUAUGGGGAUGUUCCGCUAGACGAACAGUGUGCAGCAGGAUACACAAUAAUGACCCUACCAAUAAAAAGGCUGUUGAAACUUCUCUAUCCUAGUUUGGUUCGACUUGAUGAAUAUCUUCUAAAGGCUGAUGACUUGAAAAGCAUUGAUCGAAGGUUACCUUUGACUGGGGAAAGCUUGGAUUCUAGGGGCUUUUAUAUACAUGAUGAUGGCUUCCGAUUCAUUUUAUGGUUUGGUAGAAUGAUUUCACCAAAUAUAGCCAAUAACUUACUUGGAUCAGAUCAUGCAGUAGAGUUAUCGAAGGUUACGCUUAAUGAGAAUGAUAAUGAAGUGUCAAGGAGGCUGAUGAAGGUACUUGAGAAAUUUAGAAGUACUGACCGUGCAUAUUACCAGUUGUGCCACCUUGUGAGGCAAGGUGAACAGCCAAGAGAAGGAUUUCUUCUUCUUUCAAACCUUGUUGAGGACCAGAUGGGGGGUAAUAGUGGGUAUGCUGAUUGGAUGCUACAGAUUUCCCGACAAGUGCAACAAUAGUAACAUAGAGGGUUUUUGUCAGGCUCGUUACCUUUCUUAUAACUGAAGGACCAUUUCUACAUUAGGAAUAAAAUUUGAGCUUGGGGAUGCAUUAUAAAACCGUGGAUAGUUGACUUGGUUAAUGGCGACUGUAAGUUCAUUCUGGAAUGUAACAAUUAGGUGAAGUGUAUCUUAGCUAUUAGUCCUGUCUUAGGUAUAGAAAAUAAUUUAUUUUAGAUACGAUCCAAUUUUAUAUGAUAUAUUUCCUUUUUUGAUUCGUUGGUUGGUUGGGGUGGAGUAAACAGAGAAAGAAGUGAAGGUAUGUCAAAAUCAGUCUGCUAAUUAUUGAAUUUUGUUUGGUGGUAAUUCAUACCGAUUUUUAAAAGUUGGAACUGAUUUCUUCCAAAUCACUAGUUAACCUUGUAUGCAAACCGGUAGAGGUCUGCUUGUUUGGGUCAUAUGGAAGAGCAUAUGAUUGAUCUG